CUGCGAGUAAAUAAAAACGGAAGCUCGGGCAUUCCUUACUCAUCAUCACAGUUGGAAGAUCGAGUGAAAACGUCCGUUAAGUUAGUGAUCGAAAUGGAGCCAAUGGAUUAUGAUGAAGAUCAUAGUAGUUGGCGCGAUGAGAUGGGUCGAAACAGCGAUGAAUACAGUGGCGAAGAUACACUGGACAACCCACAGGAGGUCCUGAAUGAAUGUCUGGAUAAAUUUAAAACACCCGAUUACAUAAUGGAGCCUGGAAUUUUUGCCCAGCUUAAAAGAUACUUCCAAGCCGGUGGAAAUCCAGAACAGGUUAUAGAAUUAUUGUCCAAGAAUUACACAGCUUGCGCACAAAUGGCAAACCUCCUCGCAGAAUGGUUGAUACUCGCUGCGGUAAAAGUUACCGAUGUGCAGGCAAUGGUGGAAAAUAGUUUGAAGGACAUGAUCCUCAAAACUUUCGAUCCUAAGAAAGCAGAUAAGAUUUUUACAGAGGAGGGUGAAACCCCCGCCUGGUUGACCGAAAUGAUCGCGCAUCCUACUUGGCGAUCUCUUAUUUAUAGACUUGCGGAGGAAUAUCCUGAUUGCUUGAUGUUAAAUUUCACUAUCAAGCUUAUAUCCGAUGCCGGAUAUCAAGGGGAAAUCACUAGUAUUUCGACCGCGGCACAACAGAUUGAAGUAUUCUCACGCGUGUUGAAAACAGCAAUCGCUGGAUUCCUCGAGAACACUGAAAACUGGCAGUCAAGUAUACAGGAGUGCGCAAAGAUGGUGUGCCACGGUCAGCACACUUACGUUUACAGCCAGGUCCUGUUGCAAAUUCUUGCGCAAGAACCCCGUGGUGGCUUUAUGAUGAAAAGACUGUCUCAAGAGAUCACCAAGUGUGCCCAACAGAAUCGACACGAUGUUACUCCAAUAACCAUGGCAUUGAACGGCGCCGCCAGCAGUCCUGCAGCAUGCCAAGCGCUAUCAUCCAUGUUAUCGAGAAACAGUUUAAAUCCUGCUGACAUCACUGUUCUCUUCAGGAAUUACUCAUCCGCAGAACCACCUCCUAUCGAGUUACUACGUAACCCUCAAUUUUUAGAGUUACUGGUUGACGCGCUUUUUAAACCUGGUGUAAAAAUUAAUCCUGAACAUAAAUCGAAGUAUAUAUAUUUACUUGCUUAUGCGGCGAGUGUGUGUGAAACAGCUCCUAAAAAAGGCAAUACGCGUAAAAUAAAUAAGGAUGACCUAAAAACGACUACUCAGGCAAUUGAGAAAGUGCAUAAUAUAUGCAAUGUAAAUAAAGGAUCAACCGAGUUAAUAGCAGAUCUGCAAACUCUAUAUAGCGCUAUACGAUUUCCCGUUGUAGGCGUUGGCCUAAUACGAUGGGUGGAGUGCACUGUUACAGAACCCUCUUAUUUUAAAUUGUGCACAGAACAUUGCCCCCUUCAUCUUGCUUUAUUAGACGAAGUUGUAACCGCCCAUCAUCUGUUACAUCCAAAAGUACUGAGACUGCUAGUGCAAUUGUUUGAGAGCAAACAAGACGAACUGGAGAUACUUGUACAGUUGGAAAUGAAGAAAAUGUUGAUCGACAGAAUGAUAAAUUUGCUAAGCAGGGGUUGUGUAGUACCCGUUGUAUGUUACAUUAAACAAUGUUGGCAACGCAGCGACACGGACGUAUCUCUGAUUAGAUAUUUUGUCACGGAGGUUCUGGAAACGAUAGCGCCUCCGUACUCGACUGAAUUUGUACAAUUAUUUUUACCAAUGGUAGAAAAUGAAGAGAUUACCGGGACUAUGCGAGGAGAGAGCGAGAACGAUCUGGUUUCAGAAUUCAUUGUAUACUGCAAGACACACAACCCUGUUGUGAGAUGACGGUAUAAAAAUUAACCGUAAGUAAACUUGAAGGGUAAUAGUAAGGAUGUAUAACGA